ACACUGCGCGUGUUCGCGACGAAUCCGCGGUCGCAGACGCUCGGAAAAUAUUUUCUGUAUUCACGGAAAACAUUAAUCGUAUUUGUUUUUGUCGACGGCUGUUCGUGGAUCGUCGUUUACUCGUUCCUUCGUCUUCCCUCUGCGCCUGGCCGUCUAUUGUUAUUAUUUAUUAUUACUAUUACUAUUAUUAUUUUCUUUUAUUAUUAUUACAUUUGAUUUACAUUUUACAAUAUUACAUCGAAUACGAACACCUACAUCGCCAUUUCUCGGUUGUCACUUUCUCCGCCGUUUAUUGAAUCGGUUUCGUGUUUUAUACUUUUGCGUUUUUUUUUCUAACCGUCGUGCUCCUUAUUGUUAGUUUUCAAUCCGUUCACCGUUUGUUGCGACACCGCCGCCACCCAGAAAUGUCUUUUACGCGGUUUACCCCACAUCUGUCAUAGAAAAUAUGUGAUAUCCGGUCUCGGGACAACGGUCGUCCCCGUCUGAGUGGACCGGUGUCUCCCCGUUUUCGGCCUUUGUCGUCAAAGCGGACACCGGCCCGACCACCGCCGCCGCCGUCGGUUUCCAUCUUGGGUCACGCGAGCCCGCAUUUGCGCCCUCUGAGUGUGCCUAAACAAAAACUCGAGUGGACAGCCGUCAUCGCCAUCUGUCCACCUCGAGUUCCGACGUCAAAACUUCCCUCCAGUCGUCUUCUGCGGCACGUCUGUUGCGCUCAACGAUAGGUACACCGUCGACACUCACCGGCGUUGUCGGCACGGUCUUCUCCACCCAAAGAAGAAAGCUUCAAAACCUAUUGAAGCUUUCGAAUCGGCAUUCAUGGAACUAUGAACCUGGAUUCAUUGUCAUAUACGUUGUCGCAAAUCAGCUAUAUCGUUGCUAAUUUGUCGAAAAAAAAUUACAAGUCUAGCGUUCAAGAAUUAGUGGACGCAAUCCAGUUGCAAGGAUUUGAAGCAGAUCGACAUUUAUUGCGCUGUCUUCUAUCUCACAUAGAUCUUAAAGAUAUUGAAGGACCGCGGAAUAUAUCACACAAGGAUUACUACCAAGUUCAAUUGUUGGCACAACAGUGUACAACUCUUUUAAAUAAGCCUUCACUCACUUCAAUUUUGUGCUUUGCACUUGACAACCCACUUCAUAUACAUAAGCCUCUUAAAUCAUCAAUACAGCCACUGAAACCAUCAAUACAGCUGUUUGUCCAACUGAGUAGGAUAUUACAUCUUAGCCUUGUUCAAGAAGUUGUUUUUGGACUUGUUUGUUUGGAAUCAUCAAAUUAUUCAACAUUUGCAUUACAAUUUGUUAAGCAAAAAUUGCCAGAGCUAAUCAAAUCUUAUAUUAACUCAGAUACUAAUACUGAACAAGUUACUGGAGGAGGAUUGCACGAUUCUAGUCCUGAAGUUUUACAUUUAAUAUUAAGUCACGUAUUUGCUGUUGAUGAUCAAAUAUUUGGCAUAAGCAAAGAAAUCAAGGAAGUUUUAUUAAAAAAUUUACGCCGUGAUUUUCCCCUUGAAGUUGCUCCUGUAUUAUUGGCUCCUUUAAUAUAUUCUGAUAACCCAGACCGUCCAAUGGAUAAAAUAAAUCAAGAUAUGUCAUCUAUUUCCAACUCAAUGUUGGAUCCAUCAUUAGCUGAUUUAGUUAUGGAAAUGGGCUACUCUAUUUGUUCAUCAUUAGAAGAGUGUCGUCGAAACUUGUUAUCUGUGAUUAGUGGAAAUGGUUCUUCUGACAUUUUUGGCUCUUUAUCAAUUGCUAAAGUGUUAUCAAUGAUGAUACGAACACAUACUGGGCUUGAUACUCAAUCUAAUUUGACAUACUGGCCUGGUGACAAUGCAAACAAUGAUCAAGAGAAAAGCUCUAUUAAUUGCACAACCUGGAAUGUUGAAAUUUUUGUACAAACAGUUAAAGACUUGAAUCCGUCAUUAUCUUGGUCAGAUGUAAUCAAAGAACUUGACCAUAAUGAUUUUAUUAUUAAAGAUAGACAAGGUUUGGUUCUUCUUUUUACUGCUUUGCGACUUGGUUUAAAAGCCCAAGGAUAUCAUGCGGAUAACUUUCCUGUUGAAAUGAUCUAUCGACAUUGGUCAAAUUCUGAAGCACAGAUGUCUCUUGUCCAACUUAUAUUACAAAAUUCUGAUGUUUUCUGUUUUGCUGAUUAUCCAUAUCGUUCUGUGUCUAUUGAUUUGCUUAAAGUAACACCAGAAGCAGACAAUAAAGAUAUUAAUAAUUGGCGUUCGAUUGAGCUUGUUGAUUUAAUGUUGUAUUUGGCUGAACGUGGUCUUUAUUAUCAAGUGCAAGAGUGUUUAAAGUAUCCAGCUCAAAAAUGUCCCGAUCUAUUAGCCCUUGCUCUAAUUCAGUCCAAUGGUCCAUUAAGUAUGGUUAGACAUGAAAUGAUAAGUGGCCUUAUACCAAUAUUUCUUGGAAACCACAGCAAUGCAGGUGUCAUUUUGCACCAUGCAUGGAACCAUCAGAAUGUCGGACUCAGGCAUACUUUAGUGCAAGCUAUGAGCGAAUGGUAUGUGCGUAGUGAUCACGACCAUGUAAAACUUUCCCGAAUUUUAGAUAUAGCUCAAGAUUUAAAGGCAUUAUCUCUAUUGUUAAGUGUUCAGCAGUUUGUAUUUGUCAUUGAUUUAGCUUGUUUAGCUUCACGUCGAGAAUAUUUAAAACUUGAUAAAUGGUUGUCCGAUAAAAUUCGUGAACAUGGUGAAAACUUUGUUUCGGCUUGUGUUAAAUUUUUGCAGAAACGAUGCCCUCAAUUAGCUGGAUCUUCAACCAAAGAUGAACAUUUGUCUAAAUAUACUCCAUUAUCAUCUGAAACUGUUCUAACAAUCUUAAAUUGUCUACGCAAUGUUACUGGAACAAUUUCACAAGAACUUUCAGAUGCCAUUUUGCAAAUGGUGACCAAUUGUACCAAUAUGUAUAUGUCUAAAGUAGUAUCCGCUCGUAUUAAUUCAACAGCUCCACCACCAGCUAUCCUCCGUGCUUCACAACAUCAUCGACCGAAUGAAGGCCCAUCAUCACAAGUACUAGUUGAUCAGCUUACUGGACUGGCCACUAGUCUUGCUAGUCUUGGAUUGAAUUCUUCAGCUCAAUCUGGUUCUACAUUCAGUUUACCUGGCUCCUUAGGGCAGUUAGUUCAAACACCUGGAUCACCAUCCCGUAAUAAUAUUGGUAAUACAUCUGGACAUGGAGGCUUCUCUAUCAUGACUCCUUCAUCUUCAAAUGCUCCAGGUCCUGCAGUUUCCAGUCAAUUGUCUGGACCAUCCAAUAUGUUAGGUCGCUUACCACCUCACCAGAUCACACCAUCAGCAAUUGGAAAAUCUAAUCAUCCAAUUGACAACAGUUUAUUUGUUGAUGGUAACAUGCCAGUUUCUGUACCUAAAGAUAUAGAAGAUGAAGCAAAUAGUUAUUUCCAGCGUAUUUAUAAUUUGGCACCCCAUCACUCUCUAUCAAUUGAUGAAGUUCUAGAAAUGUUAAAAAGAUUUCAAGAAUCUCCAGUUAAACGUGAAAGGGAAGUAUUUUGUUGUAUGUUAAGAAACUUGUUUGAAGAGUAUAGAUUUUUCCCAGCAUAUCCAGAAAAAGAACUAAUAACAACAGCUCAUCUUUUUGGUGGAAUUAUAGAGCAUGGCCUUGUUUCAAAUUAUAAAGCUUUAGGUCUUGCGCUUCGUUUUAUUUUGGAUGCGCUAAAGAAAAGUCCAAAUUCUAAAAUGUAUAAUUUUGGUAUAACCGCUUUGGAUCGUUUUAAACAUCGUUUAAAGGAUUACCACCAAUAUUGUUCUCACAUUUCUACAAUCCCUCAUUUCCAACAGUUCCCACAACAUCUUAUUGAGUAUGUUGAAUAUGGCAAAAAUUCACAAGAACCACCAUCUAGAGUGUCAGAUUUAGCUGGAGCAAGUAGUAAUACUAUAUCACAAGGAUCAUUCAUGCCAAAUCCACAUAAUGCUUUCAAAGCUCAAAGUAUCACUACUACUACAACUACUACCACAGUAUCAUCUUCAUCUUCUAAACUUACUACUACCAAUGCUGUGUUACCAUCCAGGCCAUCAAUUGCAAACACUACAAAUAUUGAUACUUUGUUGGUAGCUACAGAACAAGAGGAUAAAAUGAUUGCACCAGCUGAAAAUGUUCAAGAUAAGAUUGCUUUUAUCUUUAACAACCUAAGUCAAGUGAAUCUGCAAACUAAGUGUGAUGAAAUUAGAGAAAUUAUCACCCAUGAAUGUUUACCAUGGCUAUCACAAUAUUUAGUCAUGAAACGUGUCAGUAUUGAAUUUAAUUUCCAUUCACUAUACUCAAACUUUUUGGAUUGCUUGAAUAAUGAAGCCUUGAAUUCUUUAAUAAUUUUGGAAACCUUCAGAAAUAUUAGAGUUUUGUUAAAAAGUGACAAAGGAAUGGCCAAUUUUUCUGAUAGGUCACUGUUGAAGAAUUUAGGUCAUUGGUUGGGAAUGAUCACAUUAGCAAAAAAUAAACCUAUACUAUUAGACGAUAUUGACCUAAAAAUGUUAUUGGUAGAAGCAUAUAAUAAGGGACACCAAGAACUACUAUUUACAGUACCAUUUAUUGCCAAGAUACUAGAAUCAUGUGCUAAAAGCAAAGUAUUUAAACCAAGAAACCCAUGGACAAUGUCUGUAAUGAACUGUUUAGCUGAACUUCACGAAGAACCAGAUUUGAAAUUAACUUUGAAAUUUGAAGUUGAAGUGUUGUGUAAAGCUUUAAACAUAGAGCUUAAGGAUUUGACUGCCGGAUAUGUUCUUAAAGAUCCAGAAGUAGCAAAAAAAUUAGAACCUCAGCUGUCUAAUACUGAAAAAUCUAAACCACAAAGUGCUCCAGAGCCACCAAAAGUUUCUGUUCCUACGCCCCAACGUCAAACACCUAUUAUUCAAACAAUAGUUUCUUCCCAAGCCCAGCAACAACAGAAUAAUAAUUCAACUAUUCCAUCAAUAAGUUCUAAUACUCGAUUCAAUGAUGAACUUGUUGGCCAUGUAGUGGCUGCUGGUGGAGUUACAACAUUGACAUCUACUGGUAGCAUGGGCAUUAGUGGUACACCAGGCAUGUCUCCACCAUUACCUUUGGUUGAGCCUAAGUUUAACUAUGUCACAUUCAACACUACUAAUUCAUCACAGAUAAUGUCUAUGAUUGUUAUUAAUUCACAAAUUCCGCUGUUUCACAGCCAACCAACACUAAAGACUUAUGUACGUAAUGCCAUAGAACGGUCUAUCCAAGAAUGGAUAAAUCCUGUUGUUGAGAGGUCGGUAAAAAUCGCAGUUAUUACUACAGAACAUAUUGUUAAAAAAGAUUUUGGUAUGGACCCAGAUGACACUCAUUUGCGAAAAGCAGCGCAUUGUAUGGUAAGAAACUUGACUUCUGGUUUGGCAAUGAUUACAUGUCGAGAACAAGUCAUUCAAACAUUGACAACUAACUUGAAGCAACAUUUUAUGAGUGUUUUGAUUUCUCCAUCACAAUCUCAAAAGGAAAUGAUUGAUCAAGCUUGUACCAUGUGUGCAAAUGAUAAUUUAGAAUUAGCAUGUGCGUUUGUGCAAAAAACCGCAACUGAGAAAGCCGUGAUAGAAAUUGAUAAAUACUUAAAAAUUGAAUAUGAGAGGCGCAGUAUGUCAAGAAUGGAAGGUCGUCGUUAUUGUGAUCCCCUAGUACUAGGUGGCCAAGCAGAAUAUCUGCCAGAAACUCUUCGUAAUAAAGUUGGCUUACCACCACCUCAGAUGAUUGGAGUUUAUGAAGAAUUUGCUAGAAACAUACCUGGUUUUCAACCAUUAGAUCGGGAAGCUGUUUCAUUAUUCAUUCCUAAAUCUGGCUUUCCACCUGAUGAGAUGACAGUAGUAUACGAAAAACUCAUCAGUGAAAUUGAGUCACUUUUACAGCUGUAUAUGGCCAACCAACGAAUUCUAUCCAAUACAACUCAACCAUCAAAUUUACAUGGUGUUAUGGAAGCAAUGACCACAUUAAGAAGAUCACGUGAUAUUGUUACUGCAGCAAAUGUUGUUAAUAAAACUGUAGAAAGUUAUUUAGAUGGGCUUAGUUCACCAGCCAACCACGAUUUGGAUAUGAGCAUCAGAUACCGUGAUAUGCAUCUCAGUAUAUUUAGAGCUUUCCAAGAUCCUCGCGCUUACAAUUUACAAUGGACCAAUAAAACUCUAACCAAAGCUCUCAUAGAAUCUAGAGACGAGUUACGUUUUAAUAUUGACGCAAUUGAUGUUUUAAUACGUGCCGGAAUGGUGAAUAUUAGCAUGUACGACAUGCACUUGGCUAUGUCUAUGGAUAAUGGUGCAAAUUAUGUAUCCAUGGCAUACAUUAAACAAUUUUUACAAAACUAUUUAAUAGAUAAUCGUUCUAAUUCACCAAUAACUGAACAUAAUCUCCAAGCAACUAUUGAUGCAUUAAAUAGCAUUGUACUUAGCGGUCGCCCUGUUCCUGAUGGGUUGGCAUCACUUAUGGAAGUAAUUAGACCGCCACAAGCAGAAAAUAAUGCUUCAGAAAGAAUAGCUAGUGGCAGUAGUAGUUCUUCAGCACAUAUUCAACAUGGAAUGCUACAGGGUAGAGACUUUGAUGAUCCUCCUGGACUGUUGGAAAAAACUGAGUAUUUGCUUAAGGAAUGGUUGACUAUUUAUAGUGCUGCACCCAAUAGGGAUCCAGGAAAAACGUUUAGUGUAUACAUCCAUCAAAUGAAUGUCCAAGGAAUUUUAAAAUCUGAUGAUAUUAUAACUCGAUUUUUCCGACUCAGUACACAAAUGAUGGUUGAACUAUGUUAUAGACAGAUACCUGAUCAAACACAGUCUCCUUCCACUGUACGUGCUAAACUUUUCCAUACAAUUGAUGCCUAUGUUAAACUCAUUGUAUUACUAGUUAAACAUUCUGGUGAUGCAACUGCCAUAACUACCAAAACAAAUCUUUUGAAUAAAGUUCUUGGAAUUGUUGUUGGUGUCUUGCUUCAAGAUCAUGAUGUCCAAGCCACUGACUUUCACCAACUACCGUACCAUAGAAUUUUAAUCACUCUUUUCCUUGAUUUGAAUGCACCUGAUCCAGUACUCGAAUCAAUCAAUUGUCCCAUACUCGCUGCUUUUUGUCAUACUUUUCACCUGCUACGGCCAAGAAAAGUCCCAGGCUUUGCAUAUGCUUGGCUGGAACUUAUAUCUCAUAGGAUAUUCAUCGGUCGUCUUUUGGGAUUAACUCCGCAACAAAAGCGACAGCGUGCUUACGAUCAAACUCCGGUCACUGAUGUUCAGGGUUGGAAUUUCUAUGCUCAAUUACUCAUUGAUCUGUUCAAAUACCUGGCUCCAUUUUUAAGAAAUGCUGAACUUGCCAAGCCUGUUCAUUUGUUAUAUAAGGGAACAUUGAGAGUGCUCCUCAUUUUACUUCACGAUUUUCCUGAAUUCUUGUGCGAGUUCCAUUAUGGUUUUUGUGAUGUGAUACCUCCAAAUUGCAUUCAGAUGAGGAAUUUGAUACUAUCUGCAUUCCCACGUAAUAUGCGUUUACCAGAUCCAUUUACUCCAAACUUGAAAGUUGAUGUGCUUCAAGAAAUAUCUUUGGCUCCAAAAAUUAGCCCGGACUUCCAGUGUUAUAUCCAACCAGCCAGCUUUAAAAAAGAUUUAGAUUUGUAUUUGAAAACUCGAGCUCCAGUUACAUUCUUGUCAGAGAUCCGUACUACAAUGCAACAGAGUUGUUGUGAACCAGGAAUGCGAUAUAACCUUUCACUUUUAAAUGCCAUUGUUCUGUAUGUCGGUACUCAAGCCAUACAGCACAUUCGCAGCAAGGGCUUAGUGCCGAAUACCUCUACUAUUGCUCAUUCUGCGCACAUGGAUAUUUUUCAAAAUUUAUCCGUAGACCUUGACACAGAAGGUCGCUAUUUGUUUUUAAAUGCCAUUGCAAACCAAUUACGUUUCCCCAAUAGUCAUACACAUUACUUUAGCUGUACUCUUUUGUAUUUAUUUGCUGAGGCUAAUAGUGAAGCUAUUCAAGAACAAAUAACAAGAGUUCUUUUGGAGAGAUUGAUCGUUAACAGACCUCAUCCUUGGGGCUUAUUGAUCACAUUUAUUGAGCUAAUAAAAAAUCCAGCCUACAAGUUUUGGAACCAUGAAUUUGUACAUUGUGCACCAGAAAUUGAGAAGCUUUUUGAAUCUGUUGCCCGUUCGUGCAUGGUUCACAAACAACCCAAUACUUCGACAGAUAGCGGAGAUUUACCGGAUUUAUAAACAUUCAACUUUUAUUGAAUAUAUUUUGUUGAAUAAUGAAGACAUAUAUAUUUUUAUGUUUUAUAAUUUUGUAAGGAAAAAGAUGAAACAAAUUUUUAAUUAAUUAAGAAUAUAUUGUAUUAAAGUAAGAUCAAAGUAGCAAAAAACAAAUCAAAUAUAUAUAUCUAUUAAUGUAUAAUUAU